UCGGAUCGGUGCAGGGAUCUCGGCUUUCUCUGGAGGGGGCAAGGAUGGACGAGCCGGGGGAGCUGGCCGGAGGGGCGAACUAUGCAAGUAGCAAACGACCUCCACUUGCUGUUGAUGGGCCAAGUCUCCAGUCCAGGACUUCAGCACCAUCCAAACAGACUGUCCUAUCUUGGCAAGCUGCAAUCGAUGCUGCUAGACAGGCCAAGGCUGCCCAAAAUAUGAGUGCCACCGAGCCCCUGCCGGUUGGAUCCCUGUCACAGAAAAAACGGCAACAGUAUGCCAAGAGCAAAAAACAAGGGGGAGGCUCAACAAACAAUAGACCAGCCCGUGCCCUUUUCUGUUUGUCUUUGAAUAACCCAAUCCGGAGAGCCUGUAUCAGUAUAGUAGAAUGGAAACCAUUUGACAUAUUUAUAUUAGUGGCAAUUUUUGCCAAUUGUGUGGCCUUAGCUGUUUACAUUCCAUUCCCUGAAGAUGAUUCCAACUCCACCAAUCACAACCUGGAAAAAGUAGAGUAUGCCUUUCUCAUCAUUUUUACAAUUGAAACCUUUUUGAAAAUUAUAGCAUAUGGACUAGUCAUGCAUCCCAGUGCAUAUGUACGGAAUGGGUGGAACUUGCUGGAUUUUGUUAUAGUAAUUGUAGGAUUGUUUAGUGUAGCUUUGGAACAACUCAACUUUGGAACCAAAGAAACCGAAGGAGCAGGCCAGGCAACUGGGAAAUCCGGAGGUUUUGAUGUGAAAGCUCUGAGAGCUUUUCGUGUAUUACGUCCCCUCCGAUUAGUGUCUGGAGUACCCAGUUUACAAGUUGUCCUGAACUCCAUAAUAAAAGCCAUGGUUCCUCUGCUGCACAUUGCUCUCUUGGUCUUAUUUGUUAUAAUUAUUUAUGCUAUUAUUGGUCUAGAGCUUUUUGUGGGAAAAAUGCACAAAUCCUGUUUUUUCUCUGGCACUGAAAUGCUAUCCGAAGAUGAGCCGGCGCCAUGUGCGUUCUCAGGGAGUGGGCGUCUUUGUCCUGUCAACGGAUCAGAAUGUAAAAGUGGAUGGGUUGGACCUAAUGGAGGCAUAACCAACUUUGACAACUUUGCCUUUGCAAUGUUAACUGUAUUUCAGUGUAUUACAAUGGAGGGCUGGACAGAUGUUUUAUAUUGGAUGAAUGAUGCUAUGGGAUUUGAAUUACCUUGGGUGUAUUUUGUCAGUCUCGUCAUCUUUGGGUCAUUUUUCGUGCUAAAUCUUGUUCUUGGUGUUUUAAGCGGUGAGUUUUCUAAGGAAAGAGAAAAGGCGAAAGCUAGAGGGGACUUUCAGAAACUGCGUGAGAAACAACAGCUGGAAGAGGACCUGAAGGGUUACCUGGACUGGAUCACCCAAGCUGAGGACAUUGAUCCUGAGAAUGAAGAGGAGGGAGAUGAAGAAGUCAAACGCAAUACGAGCAUGCCAACAAGUGAGACAGAAUCAGUAAAUACUGAAACUGCUGGUGCAGAAGGAGAAGGCGGUGGGUGUUGCGGCAGUGUGUGUCAGUCAUUAUCCAAGUCUAAAUGCAGUCGGCGCUGGCGUCGAUGGAAUCGGUUCAACAGAAGAAGGUGCAGGGCUGCGGUGAAAUCUGUUUCCUUUUACUGGUUGGUUAUAAUCUUGGUCUUUCUCAACACUCUGACCAUCUCCUCUGAGCACUAUAACCAACCAGACUGGCUAACACAAAUACAAGAUAUAGCAAAUAAGGUCCUACUGGCUUGUUUCACCUGUGAGAUGUUGGUGAAGAUGUACAGUCUUGGCCUUCAAGCAUACUUUGUCUCCCUCUUUAACCGGUUUGACUGCUUCGUGGUGUGUGGAGGCAUAACUGAAACCAUCUUAGUGGAGCUGGAGAUUAUGUCCCCUCUUGGAAUAUCUGUCUUUCGAUGCGUCCGACUUCUGAGGAUUUUUAAAGUCACCAGGCACUGGGCUUCACUCAGCAAUCUUGUAGCAUCCCUAUUAAAUUCCAUGAAAUCCAUUGCAUCUUUGUUACUCCUGCUGUUCCUCUUCAUCAUCAUCUUCUCUUUGCUGGGGAUGCAGCUCUUUGGUGGCAAGUUUAACUUUGAUGAGACACAGACGAAAAGAAGCACUUUUGAUAACUUUCCUCAGUCUCUUUUGACAGUAUUUCAGAUACUAACGGGGGAAGACUGGAAUGCUGUUAUGUAUGAUGGUAUUAUGGCCUAUGGUGGACCCGCAUCUUCAGGAAUGAUUGUCUGUGUAUACUUUAUCAUACUGUUUAUCUGUGGUAACUAUAUUCUACUAAAUGUCUUCUUGGCCAUUGCUGUGGAUAACCUGGCAGACGCGGAGAGCCUAAACACUGCUCAGAAAGAGGCAGCAGAGGAAAAAGAGAAGAAAAAGAGUGCAAGGAAAGAAAGUCUGGAGAAACGAGAGGAAAAAAAGGCAGAAAACGAACGUAAAAAAGCAAAUGAUGCAAAGGUAAAAGUUGAUGAAGAAAAUGAUGAAGAAAAUCAAAAUACAGAGCCAGUGACUCUGCAAACGCCUCCCCCUGACUUCCCUAAUCUUACAUUCCUUACCUUACUUGUUACUGCAGAUGAAGAGGAAGAAGAAGAAGAACCAGAAGUACCAGCUGGCCCUCGUCCCCGGCGGAUGUCAGAGCUGAACAUGAAGGAGAAGAUUACCCCAAUUCCAGAAGGGAGCGCUUUCUUUAUAUUCAGCAACACCAAUCCGAUUCGAGUGGGCUGCCACAAACUCAUAAACCAUCACAUAUUCACCAACCUCAUUCUGGUGUUUAUCAUGCUCAGCAGCGCGUCCCUAGCAGCCGAAGAUCCUAUUUGCAGUACUUCCUUCCGUAAUAUAAUUCUUGGUUACUUUGACUAUGCUUUCACAGGAAUCUUUACAGUUGAAAUCUUCUUAAAGAUGAUGACAUUUGGAGCAUUUCUACACAAAGGUUCAUUCUGCAGAAACUAUUUCAACUUAUUGGAUCUGCUGGUUGUUGGAGUUUCUCUGGUUUCCUUUGGUAUUCAGUCAAGUGCUAUAUCUGUAGUGAAAAUCCUGAGAGUAUUGAGAGUACUCCGGCCUCUGAGAGCAAUCAACAGAGCUAAAGGACUGAAGCAUGUUGUUCAGUGUGUGUUUGUCGCCAUCCGGACUAUUGGUAACAUUAUGAUCGUUACAACAUUACUGCAAUUCAUGUUUGCCUGCAUCGGGGUUCAGCUAUUUAAGGGCAAAUUUUAUCGAUGUUCUGAUGAAGCAAAGCAGACACCAGAAGAGUGCAAGGGAAAAUAUAUUAUCUACAAAGAUGGAGAUGUUAACAGCCCUGCUAUUCGUGAGAGACACUGGUUUAAUAGUGACUUCAAUUUUGACAACGUUCUAAACGCCAUGAUGGCCCUAUUCACAGUCUCCACCUUUGAGGGAUGGCCUGCACUCCUUUACAAGGCUAUUGACUCCAAUGGGGAAAAUGUUGGGCCCAUCUACAACAACCGAGUGGAGAUUUCCAUCUUUUUCAUCAUUUAUAUCAUCAUCAUUGCUUUCUUCAUGAUGAACAUAUUUGUAGGUUUCGUUAUCGUCACGUUUCAAGAGCAGGGAGAAAAAGAGUACAAGAACUGUGAGCUCGAUAAGAACCAGCGGCAGUGCGUGGAAUACGCAUUAAAAGCCCGUCCACUGAGAAGAUACAUUCCCAAGAACCCUUAUCAGUAUAAAUUCUGGUAUGUUGUCAACUCCACAGGAUUUGAGUACAUCAUGUUUGUCCUCAUCAUGCUGAAUACACUGUGCUUAGCCAUGCAGCAUUACGGACAAUCAAAAAUAUUUAAUGAUGUCAUGGAUGUGAUGAACAUGGUCUUCACUGCUGUGUUUACUGUAGAAAUGGUUCUGAAACUUAUAGCUUUCAAACCCAAGGGCUAUUUUAGUGAUGCCUGGAAUACCUUUGACUCCCUCAUCGUUAUCGGCAGCAUAGUAGACGUGGUCCUCAGUGAAGCUGAUGUAAGUAAUGAUCCUGUCCCUCUCCCGGUGUCUUCCUUCUCUAGCUCAGAAGACAGUGCUCGUAUCUCAAUCACGUUCUUCCGACUCUUCCGAGUCAUGCGACUUGUGAAACUUCUAAGCAGGGGUGAAGGCAUUCGAACGUUGCUGUGGACAUUUAUAAAGUCUUUCCAGGCUUUGCCGUAUGUUGCCCUGCUUAUAGCAAUGCUGUUUUUUAUCUAUGCUGUAAUUGGCAUGCAGGUUUUUGGUAAAAUUGCAAUGAGGGAUAACACCCAGAUAAACAGGAACAACAAUUUCCAGACCUUUCCACAGGCUGUGCUCUUAUUAUUCAGGUGUGCCACUGGUGAGGCCUGGCAGGACAUAAUGUUGGCUUGUUUACCAGGGAAGCGCUGUGACCCAGCGUCAGAUAACAACUCCGACGAUGAGAACAACUGUGGGAGCAAUUUUGCCAUUGUCUACUUCAUCACAUUUUACAUGCUGUGUGCAUUUCUGAUUAUUAAUUUGUUUGUGGCCGUCAUCAUGGACAACUUUGACUACUUGACACGUGAUUGGUCGAUUUUGGGUCCUCAUCAUCUGGAUGAAUUUAAAAGAAUUUGGUCUGAAUAUGAUCCAGAGGCCAAAGGAAGGAUAAAACACCUGGAUGUGGUCACUUUGCUCCGUCGUAUUCAGCCUCCUUUGGGUUUUGGAAAAUUAUGCCCACACAGAGUUGCAUGUAAGAGACUGGUAGCCAUGAAUAUGCCCCUGAAUAGCGACGGGACAGUAAUGUUUAACGCUACAUUGUUCGCUUUGGUUAGAACAGCCCUGAAAAUCAAAACAGAGGGUAAUCUAGAACAGGCCAAUGAGGAGCUAAGGGCUGUCAUCAAGAAGAUUUGGAAAAAGACCAGUAUGAAGUUGCUGGACCAAGUUGUUCCUCCUGCAGGCGAUGAUGAGGUAACCGUGGGGAAGUUCUAUGCCACCUUCCUGAUACAGGACUACUUUAGGAAAUUCAAGAAGCGAAAAGAACAAGGACUGGUGGGGAAAUACCCUGCGAAGAACUCCACAGUGGCUUUACAGGCGGGGCUGAGAACUCUUCAUGACAUUGGUCCUGAAAUUCGACGAGCCAUAUCAUGUGACCUGCAGGAUGAUGAGCCAGAGGAAAAUAACCAUGAAGAGGAAGAAGAUGAUGUAUACAGGAGAAAUGGUAAUCUAUUUGGAAACCAUGUCAACCAUGUGGGGAAUGACAGGAAUGACAGGCAUAAUCCCUAUCAGCAGACGAACACCACACGGCGCCCUCUGCACGUGCAACGUCCAUCCAUCCGCUCUGCGAGCGAUACUGACAAAUCUGUGUAUUCCCACUCGGGCAACUCUGUGCAUCACAACCAUCAUAACCAUGAAUACUCUGGGAAACAUGUACCAAACUCCACUAACGCCAACCUAAACAACGCCAACGUGUUCAAACCCGCUAAUGGGAAACAUUCUAGCCUCGCCGCUCAUAAUCACAUGUCUGAAAACGGCUACUAUACCUACUCAAGGAAUGACUACGAGAAACCAAGAAAAUCCAGUAUUAAAAGGACCCGCUAUUAUGAGACUUAUAUUAGAUCAGAGUCUGGAGAGAGGAACAUGCCUGUCAUCUUCCGUGAAGAUCCUGACUUUAUGGACUAUGAGGAUCCAUACCUGGGGGAGCCAGAGUAUUACAGUGGGGAGGAGUAUGAAGAGGACAGUAUUCUGUCUGGGAACAGGCCAAUGUAUGAUGAGCCCACAUUGUACCCAGCCAAUGACCUGGACUAUGAGCGACCCAGAGGCUACCAUCAUCCGCACAGCUUCUUUGAAGAGGAGGACCCACAGCAAUGUUACGAAUCAAGGAAAUCGCCAAGACGGAGACUCCUGCCGCCGACACCUCCAUCCAACAGAAGAUCUUCAUUCAAUUUUGAAUGCCUUCGCAGACAGAGCAGCCAGGAUGACAUACCUCUAACGCCAACAUUUCAUCACCGUACAGCAUUACCCCUGCAUUUAAUGCAGCAGCAAAUAAUGGCUGUGGCUGGCUUGGACUCUAGCAAAGCUCAGAAACAUUCUCCCUGUCGCUCCACGAGAUCCUGGGCCACUCCUCCAGCUACUCCCAACAACAGGGACCGCACCCCGUUCUACACGCCCCUCAUCCGGGUGGACCAUGCUGCGUCUAAGGAGAAGAUGAAUGGAAGUCUCCCGUCCUUACAAAGAAGCUCAUGGUACACAGAUGACACAGACAUUUCAUACAGGACAUUUAACCAAUCCAACCUGACUGUACCUAAUGACUUCAGGAACAAACACAGUGACAAGCAGAGGAGUGCAGACAGCCUAGUGGAAGCCGUCCUAAUCUCUGAGGGAUUGGGGAGAUAUGCUAGGGACCCCAAAUUCGUUUCUGCCACAAAACACGAGAUUGCGGAUGCCUGUGACAUGACUAUAGAUGAGAUGGAAAGUGCGGCAAGCAAUCUUCUCAAUGGCAGCAUUCGGAAUGGGACAGCAGGGGGCGAUGUGUUCCCUAUCCUAAGCAAGAGUGACUAUGAUCUUCAAGACUUUGGCCCUGGGUACAGCGAUGAGGAGCCGGAACCGGAGCCAAAUAAAUACGAAGAAGAUCUAGCUGAUGAAAUGAUUUGUAUAACAACUUUAUAGUAUUUAAUGAAGCUGUAAAAAAGACACUUAGGAUUCUAUAUAAAAAAAAAAGAAGUGCCUCUCAGUUAAUGAAGCAUGGCACUAGAAAGGGAAAAAGAUUAAACCAGCUUUGUGUGGUCACACGUAAGUACAUGCCAUGGAUACAUGUUGCAGGUGCAACUCACCGGGACAUCUGCUGUUGCAGGACAACAACUCCCAUUUUUUCCUGGCUCUGGUGGAUAAUACGUGUUCUUAUGCAAAGUCUUCAGUACCGGAGUUCUAGGUGGUCAAGGAAGGAUGGUCAAACCAUAUUGUGUUCUAUGUGAACAGUAGGCCGCAUGUUGCACCUGAAUCAGUGCUGCAAUUAUGUGACUUUUUUUUUUGGUGAUGACAAUCAAAAUGCCCUGGUCAUUACCCCACAGCCAUACCCACCAUAUCAGCUUCUUACUCGUUUAUUAGGUCUGGUCGUUUUUUACUGCAUCUUAAAUCUUGGCCAACUGGAUGGGCGCCAGAGUUGGCCACCAUCAAGCUUCUUCAGUCGCACCCUCUUCUAAAGUGCUGGUCCGCACAUUGCAUUACAAUAGGCCCAGGAAUCCUGCUGAUGAUGUAAAUGUAGUUUACAUGGUGAAAAUAUCAUUUCUCAUAGUCAACUUUUUUUUGACUAUCACAUUAAGGGCAAAUGACACUGGAAUCGCUGCAAUCAAUGCACUGACACCCAGAUAAAAAGCUUAUUGCUUAUUAAAAAAAAAUGACAAUUUAGAUUUUAUGUAAAUUAUCUGUAAUAUAUGCUAAUUUGUAUUUGUAAAGAGAUGUUCUAUAUUUUGUAAUCAUUUAUGGCAAAUUGAACUGCAGCAAUAGCUAAAGGUUUCUGAGUUCACUUAUCUCCGCAAAGAUUAUAAAAAUAUUUUUUUUUCUGCAAAUCCAUAGAUAUCUAGAACAAUCUAUUAAAACAAGAAAGACUAAAUGUUUUUAAAUAAAAAAUCUAUGAAGAAAUCUGAAUUUUUAAAAUAAAUAUUUUAUGUCAAAUUGAAUCUAUCUUAAAAAGAUAUGCAAUUAUUACAGAAAAAAGCUGUUCCAUUAUUUUCGGGUGUUUUUCACGUAACAGUGGGCUACCAAUCUUUUUAAUCCUAUAAAAAUGUUACAUCAUUUUUUUCCAAGCAAACAUUUUGUAAUGUUGGGAAUCCUAAAAGAGAGAACUGAAUUAAAUCAGGUGUUUUAAAGAGCACCUAGCGUUGGAUUUGUUCUACAUUACGUUUUUUUAUGUAUUUUCCCAAGAAAAGUAAUACAGUCUAAUGGUGUAUAACAUUCCAAUG